AGAGAAUAUAUCUCAUUUAAGAUAUAUAAUGAAUUGAUCAAGUUUCUGGCAGAUUGAAAAUCACUCCAAUUUUAUUUUAACAAUUACAAUAUGAUUAGAUUACACCAGUAGUAAGAGAAGAAAAGGAAAUUAAAAAAGAGCAAGCAAAGGAUGAAGAAGAUGCCCAAGAUAAAGUCGAGAAUGAAGAAAUAGAGGUAGAGACUGAUGUGGAGGGAGAGAAUACAUCCAAAGAAGAGUAUAAUGUUGAGAAUGAAGAAAUAGAGGUAGAGACUGAGGUGGAAGGAGCUAGUAUAUCCAAAGAAGAGUAUAAUACAGCAGAAAAGCAGAUAUCUCCAUUGGCGCAAGCAAUUGACAAGAAAAAUGCUUCAGAUAUCAUUCGACACAUCGUCUCACAAAACUUCAACACAGAUUUGAGCGGUUUGGAGAGCUGCAGCCUGGUAACUGGUGAGAUACAGUUUCAGCCUAGAAAAAGACCAUUGAGGACAUAUAAUGGACCGGAUAUUUUGGUGCCAGGAGAAGGUCGGAUGAGUGUCUUCGACCUCCUGAACAUAUUUCCUGAUUUUGCAAAAAUUGCGGUUUACCUUUUUGCAAAAUCCCAUUUGGACCAUUAUGUACAGCAGUAUCAUAAAGUUGACAUGGACAACAUCAAGAAGGCCCUAAACAACAGAGGCCAAAGCAAGACAGUCAGAGACCUGUUAAUUGAGGAGGCCAAAAACCUGUUGACAGAUGAAAAAAUUGGUCCUGCAGCAUUAAUGUUUACUGCAGGAUACCUUAGGAAAGAGCUGGUGAUACACAAUGAAGAGGGGGUUACGGACUACUUGUGUGCCUGUCCUUGUGCUGAAGGGGUAGAAGUGCAGCACAUCUAUCAUGAUAAGGGAGACAACUUCUACCCCUUAUCCCAUAAGGAUUUAUGGAGAGCUGAUGGCCCAAGUACCCGUUCAAAAAUCCCAGACAAUUACCAGACAUUGGAAGAGGAUAAUAAAGGAUGCUUACCAGGAAUGGAAUCAGAUUCAGUAAUUUUUCGCCGAUAUGGACAUGAAAUAUGGCAGGGUGACUUAAACAGACUGUCAAAAGGUCAUUGGUUGGAUGACAGCCUUGUUUAUGUUGCAAUAAGACAUCAUCAAGAGACCUAUGCAACAGAAGAGAUUUACACAUUUGAUCCAGUUUUCAGCAGGAAGCUGUUAGCCAAAGAAAAUUGUCCUGAUGAUGGUUCUAGGCUGAUCCUACAUUCCUGCAAUAUAGACCUUGUGAAUGCCUAUAGCAGAAGAAUAGCUUUUGAAGAGAAGCGGUUAAUACUGAUCCCUAUAUGUGACAAUACACACUGGAUUCUGGCUUCCUUUUGCCCAAAGACUUUCACUGUAACCAUUAUGUGUUCAAUGGGAGGUUGCUAUAGAAAAACAGCACAAUCACUUGGAAGAUACUUUGCUGCAAUGUAUGCCAAAUCUUUUGAGGAUGUUAAAAUAAGUCAUGCAAAGGUUCAAAAGCAGCAAAAUGGGAAUGAUUGUGGCGUAUUUGUAGUUGGAUAUGCUGAAUGUUUAAUGAAGAAUGGGAAUCUUGCAGAUUGGAAAGUUAAAGGCAGAUCGCAACUUCUCAAGAUAAUUAAAAAAAUGUACUAAACUUUUGUGAACUAUCAAUGUAAAGAUAAAAGUUGAUAUCAUGAUGUAUUCAUAAAUGAACAACAAAAAUAAAACAUGCAUGCCAAUUCUUUGAAACUGUAGUAAAAAAAGAAUACAGAAAUAAACUUUUUAGAACUAACAGUGUGGUAAACUUUCAUUGGGUUCACAAUAAAACUUGGAAUUCUAGGAUAUUGUGAGCUUACUUAAAAUAUGUACAAAAACUUUGUCCCAUAUAAGUACAGUGUAUUAUAUGUUAUUCAGGUCUCAGACAGGGUAUUUACUGUGACAUUCCCCGCUUAAGAGUUUAUAUCCCCUGAGCCGAGUAUAAAAAUAUUUCAUUUGUGUAGUUUUUCAAUAGAUUUUGGCAAUAUACUUAACACUUUUGUCAUGUAUUAUGCUUAUUCAAAUUGCCUUACUGUUUGCUUUAAAAUUCAAUUCACUUGGUUUCAGUUAGCUUACGCGUAAAAAAACCAAACUGAUAUUAUUUUCAUUGAAGUCUUUAAACUAGCUAAUUCAGUUAACUGAUGAAAAAAAAGUACAUAUAUUUUACUAGGAUACUCUUUAUUCUUAUCAGAAUAUUAUUAUAUCUAAAAAUACAUCAAUUAAGAUAUAUAAUUUUUCUUUUUCUCAAAGAAUUUUUUUUCUUAAUAUAUAAUAUUGGUACUUAUAUAUGUGCACUACAAUUGUAUGAGUGAUCAAUUUUGUCAACUAUUUAAUUAGGUUACCUAUGGGUUAGCAUAGCAUUGGUUUAUUGUGUGUUAGCUCCUAACAGGCUAUUAUUUGAA